GCUCCACGCGCGCGCCGUCGCUUCACUUUCAACUUCAAACCCCCGAGCGCGCGCUCUCACGCCUUCAGGACUCUGCGCGAGCAUUUUUGACAUUUUAGUUUUCAGUCAUUUUUGGAAAGUCUUUUUUUUUUUUUUUUUUUUUUUGGAAAGUCAGCUGUUUCAGCCGUCUUCAGCCCUUCAGGAUCCAGGUGUGUGUACCUCUCAGUCGAGCUGGAUCUCUUGGCAUCAUGAUGGUUCACAGUGCCAGCACGGGGGCUACUGAACACUGAGCCUCAUCUGCUUCUCAUCUCAGUUCACCAGUGCAAGUGAUCUCAGCUCCACUCACACUCAGCCAGCCAGCACGGAGUCGCUCUGAGUGUGUGUGUGUGCGUGUGUGUGUUUGUGUGUGUGUGUGUGUUUGCUGGCAUGGCAUUUACAUUGUCGGAGAUCAUGGCUGCACGAAGGCAGCAGCAGUCUCAAAGAGGAGCGAGAGGAGCAGUGGAAGUAGACGAGUACAGUGCAAACCCCACUCAGGCCUUCACCUUCUACAACAUUAACCAGGGACGCUUCCAGCCACCCCACGUCCAUAUGGUUGAUCCAUUACCCCAUGACACCCCUAAGCCACCAGGCUACACUCGCUUUGUGUGUAUCUCGGACACACACUCGCGCACGGACUCUAUUCAGAUGCCGUACGGCGAUGUGUUACUGCACGCAGGAGACUUCACUGAGCUUGGCUUGCCCAGCGAAGUCAAGAAAUUCAACGACUGGCUCGGCACCCUACCUUACGAGAUAAAGAUUGUGAUAGCAGGAAACCACGAGCUGACUUUCGAUCAGGAGUUCAUGGCCGAUCUGAUCAAGCAGGACUUCUAUUACUUUCCCUCCGCCUCCAAGCUGAAGCCUGAGAACUAUGAGAACGUGCAGUCGCUGCUCACCAACUGCAUCUACCUGCAGGACUCUGAUGUUACCGUCAGAGGUUUCCGCAUCUACGGUUCACCAUGGCAGCCGUGGUACUACGGCUGGGGUUUUAAUCUUCCACGAGGGCAAGCACUGCUGGACAAGUGGAACCAGAUCCCCGACUCCACUGACAUCCUGCUCACACACUGCCCUCCUCUGGGUUUUUUAGACUGGGUGCCGAGGAAAAUGCAGCGUGUUGGCUGCAUGGAGCUGCUGAACACAGUGCAGAGAAGAGUCCAACCCAAAUUACACGUCUUUGGACACAUACAUGAAGGUUAUGGCAUGAUGACCGAUGGAACCACUACGUUUGUUAAUGCCUCUGCCUGCACAGUCAACUUCCAACCCAUGAACCCGCCCAUCGUCUUUGAUCUGCCCAAUCCCAGGAGCUCGUGAUUGAACUUGGCCCCGCCUCACGCCUCCCAAAAUCAGGGUUAAUUUUUAAGUGUAUUUGGGUGCUGUUUUGUGUACAUAUUACAGAGAGAGAGAGAGAGAGAGAGACUACUCUGGAAGAUUUGAAUCUGUUGUUGUGCCAUGUUCUGUUCUCGAAUCCUGACUUUGCUACUGCCUCAUUUUCCGAGUGAUUCUCACGCUUUCAUUGCACUUGAAAUGUUGUGACAAUCCCUCUUGUCUGUUAAUGGUGGACACACACUGGAACAACCAUCAUAUGGACUGCGUGAGACACAAAACUCUGGAAGCCCAUAAGAAUGUCUGAGCUUUUAAUUACUUCACACCGGAGAAGGUUUAAAAGGCCCGUGUGCUGAUUGGACGUAAUCUGAUGUGAUCUGAUCUGAUGGACGUGUCCAUUUCCAGCCUUGUUGUUCCCGCUCGAGUUCUUCAGUGCUGUACAGAGAGGACCUCUCAUCAGGGUUUGGACUCCAAAUCAGACACUGAAAAUAUAAUGUACAGUUGCUGUUGUACAAGAAAUUCUCCAUUUUUAUGCUUCCGUUAUUUGUUUUAUUGUAAAACGUGUGAUGUGAGUGAGUCUGUAACACACUGUCCUUAAUUAAAUCAUUUUAAAGAAUCUUUAACCAUGACAUUUCUUUCAAAGUGCUGAUUAGAAGUCAUUAAGAUAUUUUAAUUUACAUUUUUUAAGUGCUUCUCAUCUGAAAAUGCUCAAAGUGCACUUUUUGCCUAUCAAGUAUAUGUUACUCUACAUGUUCGCACCUAUAAUUUUUCUAACGUUCCUCCUAGCAGUUGUUCAUUUUCAUGUGUUUGGCAGGUCUGAUUAUGGUUAUUGUUAUAUUCAUAAUUAAAUAAAGUGGUCUUUUGUUUUGUCUUUUUUUUACGUGGAUGAAUAAGUGUAUGAAUCAGAUGAGCAUGUGUGAGAGAGCAUCAAGUCAAAAAAGCUCUUCUAAUGGCCAGAAAGGAAAAUGUAGGACUCUAGAUUGAAGAAAGAAAAUGACAGAGAACAGCAUUUGGAUGAUUAUAUAAAGGCUUGGAGUCUGAAUUGGUGUGCCAUAUUGGUUUUUUUUACCACAGUGCUGUUGAAUUCUUGAAUCUGAUUGGUCGUUUCUAUAGUAACAACUUACACAGGGACUUGUAUGAUGGACGUUCUACAUAAAUGAAUGUAUAAUUCUUGAUAUGGUGAAGUUUUCUUUUUUCUGAGGAGAUGUUAAUUUAGCAUUUAUGGAAGGAGUCUCCAGUGUCAAUCUGUAUUUAUUUUGUCUUAUUAAUGUCGAGAGAGGGGAAAAAAGAGAGGCUGGUGAGGGAACAACUAUUUAUAGCUGCUAUAACAUAAGUGCUAUGAGGAAAUUACUUGUUUUGCGGACGUUCCACGACAAUAAUGUAACUAAAAAGAGAUUAAAAGUACAACAUGUCGUUCUUUAAUUAGAAAAAGAUUGUAAUCGUUGACAAACUGCUGUGGUGCAUAUAACAGAAAUAAAACACUUCUGGAUGCUCGUGUCGAACCGCCUCACACCAUGCCAUCACUGAUAAUUUUCCUAUAACAGCACACCAUGUUGUAUUGUAUUCUUUAUAUAUUUAUUUGACUUUUUAAAUAUGUUUGUUUGUUUGUUUGUUUAUCUUUUUUCCAUACUAUUCUGAUAUUUUUAAGACAAUCUGUUGUGGUGUGCAUUAUCUGUGCUGACGAUCUUUUUUUGUUGUUGUUGUUGUUGUUUUUUAUCUUUUUUUUUAACACUCAAAAGUCUUGAUACGGAGAAAACCUUGUCAAACCCUUCCUUUUUGUUCUCUGGAAAAUCAUUUACGCAAAAGUAAAAUCUUAUCCGUGCCAACGGCUCACAUGUCUCCUUUUAGGUGUUUCUAUUUUUCCAACCUGGUGUGAGAUUGAAACAUUUCUCUGCUUUCUGUUGCAAUCAAAAUGAUCUGAAUUUCAUAUCAAUUAUUUGAGAAAAUCUAAUUUACACAGGCACAAACCAUAUUCUCUCCUUCAUUCGGUCACCUCACUCUUCCACACUUCUGCACAUCCUAAUGAAAUCCUUCGUUCAAAUAAUUACAUCAGUAAUCCUGCGGGAUGGAGUGUAAUUUAUUCGUAGCUGGCUUUUACUAUGCUAUUAAAGACAUCUCUCUCCUCUCAUGUCCUUUCUGCUCCUGUCCGUUCUUUCCCUUCUAGCUCUUGCUUAUUGUUUUCCUUUUCCUUUUUUUUUUACCAUUUUUAAUGCAAUCCAUUUUAUACACUUUCCAUCUCUGUAAAAGGCACCUGUUUCUUUCUUUAUAGCCAUUUUUUUUCUGCUGAGAUGUCAUUCGCUGUCAGCCUCCACCUCACACACACACUCACGCACAAAUAAACAUCAUGCAUCAUCACGUCAAGCACUUCAUAGCUUUAGAUGGGAACAAAGGGCCGGUUUAUACUGCGUGUGAGUGGUGUUAAAUGUCCCAGAAUACGCUGCCAGAUUCACUUCGAUGCUAUAGGAUGCCAGAAUCGUUGAGUAAUGCUGUGGAACAACCCUAUAGACAACCAGCACCGUUAGAAAGAAAACAAGUAAGCGUUAAGACAUACAUAAAAUUACUGUUGUAUUUUUUUAUAUGUCUGAAAAUGCCAAAAAUGUGACUGAGACAUUUGUUUUUGCAGGACACUUUGGAAAGAUAAAGAAGGUUGAACAUUACUUUUUGUCAUUUUUCAGCAAUGGAAACACAUAGUGGGAAACAUAUAGGUUAUUUUCAGCAGUAGCUUGAGAAUCCAGAUACACCAUGACCUUGUCCAGGAAUGAAAAAAAUAAGUUGGUUCUAGUUUCUCAAAUUGUUUGUGUGAAAGACUCGCAACAUUCAACAUUCUUUUUUUGCCAUGUUUAUUUUAUACAAGCAUUUUUGCCUUGUGUUUUUGCCAUGACUCUGGGGUGCCAAUAAUUCUGGAGUGCACUGUAUGAGUGCUGUAGAGUGCACACUCUCUUACAGAAAAGUCACACAAACGUUACAUGUGAACAAGAUGGUUUUUAGAAAUGUUAUGUUUGACACAUUUUCAUGUAGUGUAUGUGUUUUAUUUAUACAUGAUUCAUUUAUAUUCGAAUCUGAUUUAAACACGAUUCAUUUAUUUUCAAGUGAAUUUUACAUAUGAUUUAUUUCUUUUCACAUGUGAUUUUCAUAUACUUCAUUU